AUGAAAACGAUAGAAACGGCAGCGUUGGUGCCGCCGCUGGGCACCAGUGUGCCAGUCACGGAGGCAUUGCCCACCCCUACGGCGCGCUUCCGUCUGCAGUUCACCGACGACCGGCGCACCAAAGAGCUGCGCUGGGUCCUCUUCGCCUCGACUCAGCGCGGUGCAAUUGGCAAGCUCAUCUUCACUUUGGAGAAGAAUGGCACGGCUCAUGUCAAGUCAGUUGUGGUGAACAAGGAGUUCCGCGGCUUGGGCUUGGCCCGCGUGCUCUAUCUGGCCACAUUAGCCACAUUAGAGGAGAAACAAGUGAAAGCGCUCUACUUGGAAGCCGAAGAGGACUCCAAACGCUACGGAAAGUUAGUCGGCCUCUAUCGAGGCUGGGGCUUUGCCGAAAUGCCCGAUGCAAAAGUUCUUUUCCUUUACAACGGCAACGACAGUCUUCGCAAAGUGCCGAUGGUGUCUGUGUUCCAGAAAAGCACUUUCUUUCCAAUUCGACCAAAAGAAAGCACUUGGUUCUGCAUGAUGACUCUGCAGACACAAGACGGCACGUGUCUGGUGGCCGGAGAAGACGGAGACAUCGAAGUCUGCCCCAAAAGUUACGGGUGCAUGUGGCAAACGCUGCUCGGUGCCAUGGGCGAAGUUUUUCUUCGUAGUGUCCAUGGCAAAUUCCUGUGUGUGGAAGAAGAUGGCACGAUUUUGGCCGAUCGACGCUUGAAUUCCACAUGGGAAACGUUCCAAGUUGUGCCACACCAUGCAGAGAAUACUGGAGGUGUGGCACUUCGCACUUUCCACGGGGGUUAUCUGUGCAUUGAUCCAGUGGAAAAGCGUGUGGAGGUUACUGAUCAUCCCGUCCCAUGGGAUGGCGGUGAAAUCAUGUCGUUGGUCUGCAACAAAACCGACUCGCACCCGCUUUUUGCCAGGAUUAUGCGGAAAUAUCAGACCACCGCGUUCGUGAACAGCCAAGUUGCGAAGUAUGGAGACUUGCAACAUGCGCGGAUGUCAAUUCCAGAGGCGUGUAAGUGCGUGAUGGAACUCACAGGAGACUCGGAAAGGGAGAAGAGCUGGGUCAUUAAGUACAUGUUGGCUACGGCUGCUGCUGUGAAGCAGGACGGACACCCAGACUGGCUGCAACUGGCAGUUUUCGUUCGUGCACUAGGAAUGAUCUUCUUGUGCUGGACAGACGACGACAAUGCUGUGUUGCGUAGUAUUUCAGCACAGGAGUGGAUGACCAAGAACUCGACAUGGGUAGUUGGCGAGCGAAUCCCCAACUCGAUUCAAUUCCCGGAGCUCAAUGAACUGAAUUUGGACCAUUGCAACUGCGAGAAAAGUGGCGGUAACACUGCUAGCCAUUGCGGAUUGGACAAUGUGUUGCUGCCUUGGACUCCGGACGAAUACCUACACCGUGUACUGUUUGUUAACAAGACUUCGUUGCCUGCAGAAGCUCUGGAUGCUGUGCGCUUCUGGUCCUUGAAUACAUGGAGUGGAUCUGCUCGCUUGGCAAAAUAG